AUGCAGACGAAUUUUCAACUGGCGUCGGUGCACGGCAUGUUGUACACGGGGGGCAACGUCGCAUUUUCUCCCGACGGUCGCCAGUUGUACUCGCCCGUGAACAACUACAUUUCGAGCAUUCAGAUCCAGCAGGAGGGGCAUCGCUCGCUCUCGUGCAGUAACAGCACGAUUCAGUGUUUUGACCUCUCGCAGGACGGCGAUCUGUUGAUUGCGAUUGGCCGUCGCGGAGUCGGCUUCUUUUACGCCAUUUCCGCCGGUGUGGUGCUUGACACCAUCGCGUUUCCUCCCGACUGCGAGGUCCGCUGCGUCAAGUUUAGUCCCUGCGGCAAGUAUGUUGCUCUCGCCCUUGAAAACACUCUUCAAGUCUACACUGCCCCGGCUCAGCGCGUUGUGGCCUACCACGCAUGCCAUAGGGUGGAGAACCUACACGCGGCGCUGACCUUGCCCAUUAUGAACAUUGAAUGGACACCCGACAGUGAACAUCUUCUGCUGAGCGGGCAAGACGCCCGCAUGAAGAUUUAUCCACGUCAAGGGAAUGUGCAGCAGAAGGGGAUGGCGAUACAACAGAACGCAUUGGUGGGUCACCGCGCCGGCGUUCAUGGUGCCUGGUUCAUCGAUGACGCCUGCUGCCGCGUCGUGAGCGUCUCCGCCGAUAACGUGAUCAUCACUUGGAGGCGGACAGCUGUGACACGUCGAGAGGUGCUGCAAGCCGUCGCCGCUGCGCAGCUGAAGGCGCGCGUAGGGGUGCAUGCGGAUGAAACUGCCGAAGAAAACGCAUAUGAUGACGAUGAGGCCGGCGGUGUGCCAAAAUCAUUUCUAGAAAAGCGGCGGCUGGAGCAGCUGAAGCUUGAGGGCGUGCGGGUCUCCGUUGCCGAGGACACACACCUCCCAGACAUCCUCCGCUGCGCGUACGAGAUUGACAAGAAGCACCUACUAACCCAUAAAGGCAAUGUGUCUGUCACUUGUUUUCACCAACGCCGUGGACUUGUGGCGAUUGGCUACAACUCUGGCAUCUUUGCCAUUCAUUCCUUGGCAACGGCCGAUGAGGCGGAGCUCACGCUUGUCCAUCUACUCUCCAUCUCCGCCCAGUCACUCACUGCCGCGGCCUUCAGCCCAAGUGGAGACUUUGUUGCCUUUGGAAGUGCGCAUUUAAAGCAACUCCUCCUGUGGGACUGGAAGUCCGAGGCGUACGUCCUGAAGGACCAGGCGCACUACUACGAUAUCUCUCGAACUGCCAUUACAGCAGAUUCUAGCAGCAUCAUUUCAGGUGGCGACGACGGCAAGGUAAAGGUGUGGAAGGCGUCCUCAGGUCAGUGUUAUGUAACUUUCACCGAACACACGGCACCGGUGACAGGCAUAGCAACCUGUGCAGCAACCAAUGCCUUUUUCACCUGCAGCCGGGACGGCACAGCAAGAGGCUACGACCUUGUACGCUACCGUCACUUUCGUGUCUAUGCAGCACCCGAGGAGACGCAACUCUCUUGCAUUGCUGUCGAUCCAUCUGGGGAAGUCCUGGCAGUGGGCAGCGGACAGACAGAUCGCAUUUUCCUUUUCGCCGUGCAAACAGGAAAAUUAAUCGAUCAGCUGCAGGGUCACGAGGCGCCUAUUGCGUGUCUGGCAUUUCAUCCCUCUGGCACCGCCCUCGUCUCCGGUUCGCUUGAUCACAAUCUUGUCUUUUGGGACCUCUUUGCCCGCGGUGACGGCGGGGACCGCUUGAAGGGCGAUGCGGAGGUAGUGGACAUCGGCUCCGAGGUGGUGAGUGUUGCGUUCAGCAACAGUGGUCGCCGUCUGGCGGUGCUGACGAUGAAGCAGGAGAUCUCUGUGUACGAGACAGUUGUGCCGACAGAGCCGAUCAUCAUCAAAACGUUCCAGACGAGCCUUGACGCCGCUGGUGGGUGGAACAAGACGGUGGGCCCCCGUAGCGCCAACUACAAUGCCCGCUUCAACGUUGUUGCCUUUUCUCCGGAGGGCGAAAAGAUUGUUGCCGGUGGGGAGUCCAAGUGGAUUGUGAUGUACCACGCUACCCAGGGCUACAUGCUGAAGAAGUGGCCUGUCACGACGAACCAAGACGUCCAGGGGGCGGAGGAGCAGUACCAGUGGCGGCAAAUAACGGAGGCAGGACACGUGGACGAUAUUGACGUGGAUGACACGGACAUUCAUUUGCGUCGUGGGAAAAUACUGGAGAUGCCUGGAAGCCGGCACCGCCACUUUGCGACGGGAAAGCGUCAAACCGCCCUCACAGCACGCACGAUGGACUUGGCGUUUGCGUGCACAGGGACGGAGUUUGUGGCGGCCACCACCGACGGACUGUUGGUGUUUUCUACGCGCGUUGCCCGCCCCAAGUUUCAACCUUUGCAACUCAGCGCCCACAUCACGACGCAGCAGGUUCGCGAGCAACUGGACCGCGGCGAGCCUGUCAUGGCCCUGAUGGGGGCCUUGAACCUUGGAGACAAGAUGCUCGGCGUGGAGUGUUUGCGGCGGAUGCCACGAGAGGCCAUUCCGGUCGCCGUCUCCUCCGUCCCCUCCGCGCUCUUCCCGCUGCUGGUGCAGUGGGUGAGCACCGAGGUGGAGGAGAGCCGGGGGAUCGAGCAGGCGCUGCUCUGGGCGCAGUCGCUCAUGCUGCACUCAAACGAGUGUGCCGGCGGCUUCGCGCAGGAUCGCGGCCCCGUUAUCCCCGCGCUGAAGGUUCUGCAGCGUGGACUGCAGCAGCACCGGCCGCUGACGGAGCUGGCGAAGGAGAACUACUACUCCCUGCGCUACAUCAUUGAUAUGACGAGGAUGCAGAAAGACACCCUGCGACCCGCCGCUGGCGUCGAAUAA